CUCUGGUCACCUCACUGAAACCAACAACCGUAUCAAAUAAAUAAUUUAUAGAAGCAAGAUAUCAUUAAUUCUCAUAAAGAAUGGUAGAGCAAAUACAUCGUGGAACUACAUCGUCAUGCCGUGGCAGGUUAUUUGGCAGAUCUCUUAAUUUGAUAACAGAUCUCCCAUCACCUCACCAACAACCUUGCUACCCUCAUUAUAUUCAAAAUCCUCCAAACUUGCUCAACCCUGCCUACCCCGUCUCUGUCCCCACUCUACCACAGUACAACCAGACCAAUUCUUUUUCCGCCCUCCCUCUGACUCAGAACCACCUCUUUGAAAUAGUUGAGGCUGUGGCGCCGCAAACCCAACCCCUCCAUCCAGAACACAACUAUUUACUCCUAUCUCUUUCGAGGGAAAACUUGAAAGCACUUUCUCUUCGACAGAAAAUUGCGGCAGCGGAAGCGAGUCUUUUUUCUCUUGAACUCGCUUCGGGAGUUGAUGGCCCCGGUAUCGCAGCGCUUUCUUCUGCCAUCGCUAACCCUUUAACUGCCAUAUCUACUACACAAGUACCCACGCGCCGCAAACUUAAAAAACAAAUUUCGUGGUUGAAAUGUCGUAUCAAGGAGUGUUCGCGGCAGGAAAGGAUUAUAACAGAGAGGCUACAUCAGAUUGGCGAAGAAGAGGAGAGGAGGUGGCGCUGGAUGCACAUUGAACGGCAGACGAGAAUUAAUGCGGAAAUGCUCGGGUGGCAGAAGGGGUAUUGGGAUUCUAUUGUUCGCUGUGGGACCGCGGCUGGAUAUGGACAUGGGUUUGGACAUGAAUAUGGAUACGGACAUGGACAAUGGGAUAGGCAUUUGAAUGCUAAUACGCCUGCAUCCCAAGCGGUAGCUAGUGGUGUUGCUGCCCAUGGUUCGGAAUCGCAGUGUUCAUCUGCCAUAAGAGAACAAUCCAACGGAUUUUGGAAUACAGAUGCCCUGUUUUUCACCAGUAAAUUUCUUUGCGAAAUCCUCUUCAUCGCGAAAUAGUCAGACAGGGGAAAGACUUAGUAGGGGAUGGGAUGAAUGUGAUUUAUCACCUUUAGCGGAAGAAAGAGCUGGGUUAGCUGAGGGAUGGACUACGGAUUUAGGAAAUGGAGAAGCCGAGAAAAAAGGAGAAGAUGAUGACGAAUUGGAUACGGGAGAAGGCUCAGGUUCAGGUUCUGGGGAAGUAGAAGGAGAAGGAGAAGGAGGAGGACAUUCUGCAACAGAAACAGCUAUCACGACACCUACGCCCCAACAAAGUGCGAGGAUGACCCCGAUGACUGGUGCAAAAAGUUGUAAUGAUGUGAAAUUGGCCUUCUGCGAUGGGACGUUGGGGAAUGAGAAAGAGUUUAUGGAUUUAGAGGAGCCGAGGGAUGAUAUGGCGGAUGGGAUGGAUAGGAGGGAGGAUAAAGGCGAGAUCUCGUUCUUGUUUAUGAAAGAUGGGGUGUUGAGGGAGAGGAAAUGUAAAAGUUUACCUUGGGUGGAUAGUAAGAGGUUGAUUGAGGUAUAUGCGGGGAAGGAAGAGGGUAAGAAAGAGGAGAAGGAGAAGGAGAAGGAGAAAAUUAGGGAAGAAGAGGACGGAACGGAGGGGAGUCGUUGAGGAGGGGAAUGAGGUUGAUCAGGUUUUGUGAAUUAUUGGAAUGGGACGAGAUGGAAUGGAAAGGUUUUGUGGUAGGGUUGAGAGUGG